CUCAAGUUGCCUUUUGGCAGCUGCUUGUCACGUCCAGCGCUGCGCCUCAUCCACCGCAGCAUCUCCGGCUCUCUUCAUCGACGAGCUCGACGACGAUGAGCUUCCAAGACAUCGAAGCUGGCUAUUCAGCCAACCCGUCGUCGUCCGGUCCAAUCUCCAGCGAAGAUGCCGCUUUCAUGUCCCUCCAGUCGUCCCUCUCUCUCCAGGUUUUCAAGAUCAAUGCCAACAUACAGGGUAUUCGCAAGCUCGUAGAGCAACUGGGAACGCAAAGGGACUCGAAUGUGCUCCGGAAACGGCUGCAUGACUUGACAGAGAGCACCCAGUCGAUGGUCAAGCGAGGCUCGGAGGACUUGAAGAAAUUGGCAGUCCUUCAGGGUGGUCUUUCGCACCAACAUGCCUCCUUGCAAAAGACAUCUCGCGACUUUCAACUGUCUCUCUCGUCGUUCCAACAUGCGCAACGAGCUAGCGCAGAGCGACAACGAACAGUCGUAGAGGGCGUUCGUAUGGCUGUGGAGGACGACCAUGACCAUCAUCAACCGUCGGACGACCCUGUCCAACACCAAUCCCUCCUCCUCCAGUCCCGUCUCUCACCGCACGAACUCGCAUACCAGGAAUCUCUCAUCCAAGAGCGCGAGAAUGACAUCAGGGAGAUCGAGUCGGGCAUUCACGAGCUCGCAGAGAUAUACCGAGAUUUGGGGACGAUAGUUGGAGAGCAGGGGGAGAUGAUUGAUAAUAUCGAGGCGAACAUAUCAUCAGUAGCCCUGGACACCUCACGGGCGUCUGAGGAGCUCACAACAGCUGCACAUUAUCAACGCAAGGCAGGGAAGAGGGCCGCUUGCCUUAUGAUUGUCCUUACCAUCGUGACGGCUAUCGUCUUGUUGGCUGUCCUGUCCUAGUUGCUGUGGCGUAUUUUCCUAUUUAUCGUUAUAUGCUAUAUGCAAUCUUUUCCUCUCUGGAGGCUCACGCCCGGUUUAGCUCACAUUUACCCUAAUUUAAGAAGCUACUAUCGGGUGGCUUGUGGACAUAUAUCUAGUUUACAAGAUCUUACAUCUGUAGUGAUGAAUGAGAUCUUGUAUUGUAUGUAACCUAACGUCUAGAACAUGAUAGCAAAAAACAAAAUACUACAAAG